CACCAUGUGACUGAGAAGAAAGGGAUUAUGGAAGGAGAUAUAAAAGUGUGAAUCGGACGAAACGCUUCACAGUCCAGGACAGAAGCGAAGCAGCAGAGGCCUCGUGGGACAUCUGCGACAGCAGGGACUCUUCAGAAAUGAACGCCAGUCCUCCUGCAGGAAGCGCGCUUGCGCCCGGUGGAGCCACCGGCCCUACCACCCCCAAGAAGGGCCCACCCAAAUUCAAGCAGAGGCAGACUCGCACAUUCAAGAGCAAGGCUCCCAAACCAGGCCAGAAAGGUUUUGGUGACGAUAUCCCCGGCAUGGAGGGCCUCGGCACAGACAUCACAGUGGUCUGCCCAUGGGAGGCGUUCGGCGACAUGGAGCUCAGCGACUUGGCCAAAUACGGCAUCAUCUAAACCUCCUUUCCCCUCCGCCUUGACGUCUGCCCAUCAACGUUCGGCACGCCGUGAUAAGACGUCCGGAUGACCCCUAACGCCCUCUCGUCUAUCUACCUCAUGCCUGGCUCCACUGAGUGGAUGCAGCUAUUAUUUUGAUAUUAUUAUUAUACUUGUAAUAUAUAAAUACUUGAAAUCAGAAGACGAGAACAAACUUCCACUUCCCUUUUUCCCCUAUCUUCAUCCAUCUACAGCAGUUCUUCAUCUUUCCUUCCCUCCUCUCCUCCUAUCUCGCGGCUACGGAUGCAAGCCAAAGCGCUAGCUAAACACUAGCUCGUAUUUGCCUCUAGCUGUCUGUUAAAAUGUAAAUACUGUCAGAGAUGAACCUUUUUACCUCGUCUUGCGUCUCACCUUUUGUACUUUCCCUCCUCUUGUCUUUUGCAUUGUAUUUUCUACUCUGUGUGACUGGGAGGGAUGUCAGGGGGGUGUGCACCCCGCUGCAAAGGUGAAGCUACAAUGCACUAUCAGGCGAUCAUGGAAGAGGAAAUCCCUUUUACCUCUUUCUCAAUCUUCCUCUCUUCCUGCUGAACUCACCUAACAGGAAAUAAAGACAAAUACUGCGUGUGUUUUGAGUCUGUGAGCACAAACAGAGCCUGUAAUGUGACGCGAUGUGUUUAUAGCUGCAGUAAAAAUAUGUCUAUUUUCA